AUGGAAGCAGGAAAGGUGACACCUCCAUUUUGUCCAGAUCCACGUGCAGUAUAUGCGAAAGAUGUCUUAGAUAUCGAACAGUUCAGUACUGUGAAAGGAGUUCGAUUAGAUGCCAACGACUCUGUAUUUUAUGGAAAAUUUAGUACUGGAUGUGUAAGCAUUCCGUGGCAAAAUGAGGUGAGU